AAACAGGAACCAAGAGAUAACAUGUCACAAAGUACACCUGCACACCUGAGUAAAGCCACUCCUUUCCCAGAGCACACCAGACACAAUUGAUCAGCUGAAGUAGCAGGAAUUUUGAAGAGGAAUUAAAGGAAAGUGUCAUCUAAAUAAACACAAGGGAGAUGUGGUCUGUGAACGUAAUGUAUCUGCUCUUGCUCUGUUAUGCCUGCCUGUCUGUUGGAAAUGGUGAAGUGUAUUUCGUCUCUAAAAACUUCCACAACGUCCUCAUCUGGGAUCCCGUGAACUCUGACCAAGACGAGGUUUACAGCGUUCAAUACUUGCAUUACAAUGAUGAAGGCCAGUUUCGGAUAAAAGAAGACUGUCAGAACAUUAGGACUCUGUCCUGUGACCUGACUGCAGAAACACCAUCAGUGGACCAAGAAUACUACUUUGCUAGAGUGAUGUCUAAAGGGAGAAGCAUCGGCAUCACCACCAAAUUUCACCCUUUCAGAGACACCAUUCUUGGUCCAGCUACUUUGUCUACACACAUCACUGCAUCUGUCCUGCACAUCAAUGUUACCCUGCCACUGGGACCAAAAGGAGUCUCCCUUCAAGACAUCAUAAACUCCAGUAAAAGCCGAGGCUCCAAAAUGGAGUAUAUUUUAAACAUAACCCAACCCACGUUGCAUGCACAGGAACUCAAGAAUAAAACCGGACAAUUCAACAUCGAGAUGAUGCCCAACCUGGGCUCCUACUGUGGACACGUCGUGUACAAACCAAUUCCAGGAUGGGGUCGCGAGCCAAGUGAGAAGGCUUUCUUCUGUGUCAAGCUGCAAGACAAUCCUGUAACGCAUUCAUCCCAGCUUCUCGUGAGCGUUGCUGUUGUGGCAGGCAUCGUCAUCGUAUCAGUUGUGUGUGUGUGCACCUACCUGAAGGGUGGAAAGUCAAAGACAUUGCCACAGGCACUGAAAAUUCCCUCAGAAGCCCAUGAGGUGUUGUUGCAGGUUCCAGAUAAGAAUCUUAUCAUUUCUGAAAUCCUUGUUGGCACCAAAAGUGACCAGACAGUUGGUGCACCAAUCCAGGUGAAGCCCGAAUCAUGUCCAGGCCUUUUUGAAACGUAUUCCCCUCAGGACAUCCCCUGGCACAUCUUCAGGGGCGAUUCCUCUUUGAGCAGAGGAAGAGGGACCUCAAAUCUCGAGGGCGCCAGUGUCCACUCCUCUGAAACCUACAGUGCUAUUGCAACCCACCUUCAGGUGGAAGACAAUGAAGAGCCUCAGGCUGUCACCAAAUGCAGAAGAACAAGUCGUUCACCUUUGUCCUCCAUUGAAGACGAAAACUGGAACAAAGAAAACAGCAGUGGAGACUCUGUAUUCCAGAUGCACCACGAGAGAAAACCCUUCCUAAUGGAUGCCACAGAAGGUCUGGACGUCUCCCUGUUGAUGUCUUUGCAGAGAUCAUGCAGCACAGAUUCUGGGUGUGAUGACUGCACCGUAAACACGCCGACCAGUUCAUACUACAACACCAGUUUUUCCCCCCCUCAAACGGUUGUUCCUUAUUUGCAUGAAGGAUGUCACACAAUACCGUCAGCUGAGACCGGAUCGGGUUACAAACAAAACUGGAUGCCUGGAAUCUCUCGUAAACCUGCAUUAGUUGAUGCUUGGAUUUGCUCAGAAAUGAUCAAGGAGGUCGAGGAUAAUGAGGUUAAUGAGGAUAGAGAAUAUGUGGCGAACAUGGGGCAAAUUAUUUUGGGAAACUGGGAAAUUCAAACUCAGAAAUGAGUUUCUACAUUCUGGUACUUCUUAGGGGUUUAACGAACCUUUCCUGUAGCUCUCAAAACCUGGCUUUGUUCUUGCUUUUCACCAUCAAAUGGUGGAAAAAUAAGUCAGCAGGAGAACUUAUGGACACUUUUCAGGAAAAAAAAAAAAGAACCUGUAGCAUCAGUUGCUUAAUGUAAUGGGUCGCUGUUUAUGUAGACUGUGGUUUCGGAAUAUACCAUAUUGUUUAUGUGAAGUUUAUUUUUAUAUGUAGUCUUUAGAAAAAUUCAAUAGGUUUUUACAAGUGUGGAUUAGUUACAAAUGUUUGACUGAGUGCUUGAAGUGUAAAAAAACAGUACGAAUGGUGAGGGUGGCAGAGGACACCUGCUGUUUACCUAAAGAUGGACUUUUUUCUGUCAUUUUGGAGAUUUAGUCUACUAAAAAGUUGGGAAAGUAUCAGAAUGCACCGUUCUUAAGAGAGAAGUCUUGGUAAGCUAAGAGGUAAAGUUUAAGUGUCUAUACCACUACUACUACAGUGCAUACCAGCUAAUUUAAAGUACUGCUUUUACCCAUGUA